AGCGAGGGCGAUGUGUUGUGUGAUUUGAUGGCUGCGAUUGAGUUGUUGUACUGCUUGUGUUCCAAAUAACGCUUCUUGAAACCGAGAAGAAAAGCAGCGAAUAUGUGCCAAAGAGUGAAUGAGUGGGUAGUUGCUCGUCCUCGUGAUGACGCAAGCUGAGCGAAGAAGAGACUGAGAAUAAGCCUUGAUGGUGAAGAACUUGCACAAAUGAAUCAUGAACAUGGUUCGAUUUUUACCUCACCGACAAGCACGCGAUGCCCGAGGUCAUCAAGAAGGAGCGACAGUGGUGGGCUGACCACUACCAAGGGCUCGGGGCUGAAGAUGAUUGCUUUGACAUCGACCCGCACGGGCGUACUGCUUUCGCUUGGUUCGGCCAUGGCGGCGAGUUCAGUGAUCCCGACUUGAAGAAGAUCCAUGACGUUCAAGUUGCGCCGGGGUACGCCGGGUACAGCUCUUGCCCGACAUGCAAGAUUGUGUCCGCUCCUCUCAGUGAUACCCGCUUCGCGAUCCAGUUCCGCGGGGAUGCCAUGCAGCGCAGGCCGGUAGUUGUCGGGGCUCUUCAUCGACAGCUUCACAGGUUUGACGAGUUGAAGCGGAUUUUUCACCACCAGCAGCUUUGUCCGCUCCGACCGGGUAGGGGGUGGCACCUCCCCGAGUGCCUAGGAACCCCGCUGCAGCUUUGGGCUGACGUUGAGGCACAGGUCAAGCACGUCAAGUCCAUUCCUGAUGUAUCCACUGCUAUCAACGCAAACGGCGCACCGGUUACGAAGAAGAAGGAGAUGAUAAAUAAACUCGUGUCCCUCUGUUCAGUGUCGCAGUAUCGGUCUCUAUUCCUUCUUGACGAUGAUCGUGAUCUUCUUGCUUCUAGUGCCAUCGGUCCUGGUGAUGAUGAUCUCUUUUGUGAGCCAGUUCUUGGUGCUGCUGAGGAACACCAGAGAGAAGUUGCGUCGCAGUAUCUCGCCCUGCAGGCCGAAGUUGUGCAGUUUAGUGAGUACAAGGUCGACGUCAACCCUGCUAGCGGAUCAAUCGGCAGUGUGCUAUGUUUCUGCGCCGAGUGUGAGACGAUCUUCAACCAGAAGCAGACGAAGCGGAGUAAACUUGAAGGCGCUGGUGAUGAUCUUGAGCGUGAGGAUGACGCUUUUGACGGGUUUGACGACUUCGAAGUAAUUGGAUGGUCCUGGGCGCGCGAUUUGAACAACAACUCUGAUGCAUGUUCGUCUUCUACGGUGUCCAUUUCCUCAUCCUCUGACGAUGAUGCUGGUGGAGGCAGACCUGCUGUUGCGCCCCUUCGGGUCCCGGCAUUUGCUGGUAAAAAGUUUCGCUCUUUCUUCACGGCGUUCCGGCACAUGCGGUCCAUCAAGCAGCGGAAAGCCGAUGAAGUUCUUGUCUCCAUCCUCGAUCGCCCUGCAGUUGCUCCCCCGACCGAAACUGUUAAAAGUAAAAAGCCAAAGAAGAAAAUGCUCCUUGAUGCUGCAUUUAUGCCAGGAAAGGUAGCACCGCCCAAGAGUGAUACUCUUGCUGGGCUCAAGGGGAUAACGUGGUGGAAGACCGGAGCUAGUGCAGCUGCCAGCAGCUGGAAGGGGUGUUUUCGGGUCAUCGUGCCAGUCAUCACGCCUGCUGGGGUCAAAGAGUCGAUCCACCGAACUGUUUAUGUCGAGGACCAUGGUGAUGACAUCGGCAAAGCGCGAGCUGCUGCAGUUGUUCUUCGGGAUUCGAUUCUAGCACACCCCGCGCCUCAUCUUGCUAAGCGGAAGAAGAGGGGGCCGAGGAGGAAGACUGGUGAUCAAGCAGCUCAGCAACCUGCUGCUGGUCGAGGAAAGAAAAAGAUUGUCAUCAAGAAGAGCGAUCGACUUGGCAUCGGGUAG